GCUCAUCGGGUCUCCGGACUCCUCGGUUUCCUAACCGAGAAGUGUGCGCCCUUCAAAUUAAGGGUCUUAGUCUCGGGGAAGGGCAUCUUCCCCCUUAGCGUGAAAGUGUGGGGUAAAAGGACCCUCCCCGGGGUUCGGCGCGGCCGGAGCGCUCCGGUCGCAAUGGGUCCGCAACUUCCCUUCCUGGUGGCGGCGCUGGCCGUCUGCCUGCUUCCUGCCCGGGCCUGUCUCAUGUGUGCUACAAAGGUCGUGGAGGCGCUAGACUCCUUGGAGAAGACCUACCUGCCUGACCACCUGCCGGCCGAGCGCCACGAAAGCUUUAUGAAAAGGGUGAAAGAAGCCGUGCUGGAUUUCAAGAAUCUGCCAAUUCAGGAGGAUUCCUAUAUGGGGGUUGUCGAUGAGCCCACACUGGAAAACGCAUCAUGGAGUUUUCUGAAGGAUUUGAAACGUAUCACAGACAGUAACGUAGAAGGUGAACUUUUCGUGAAGGAGAUGUUUUGGAUGUUGCACCUGCAGAAGGGUAUCUUUGCCCGCUUUGCAGCUCAGUUCCAAAAAGAGGUUUUUUGUCCCAACCAAUGUGGUGAGUCCGAAUUUGGGAGCUGGUCCUUAUCCCUCAUGGUCGCUCCGGUAAUACCCAGCCGUUCUCCUCCCUCUUUGGGUCUCGAUGUUUCUCCAUUCUCCACGUCUGAGAGGUUCCACAGUCCUUUCGCACUACGGGCUUACUGGAGAGCCCGUCAUAUUGUAUUUACACUCUUUACCGAGCCUGGUUCCAUCCCUCUUCCAGCGGGGCUGCCUUCUACCCCCGCCCCUUGGGCUGACCUCCCCGGGAUUGGGCACCUGACCCCGCCCCAGCCCUUGGCCCUGCCCUCUCCUUUUAGCCUCGUCCCUCAGGGCGAAUACAGCGUUGAUACCGCCCCUUCAGGUGUGAUGUUGCAGAGUCUGAUCUGGUGCAAUUCCUGCGAGAGGCAGGUUCACGCCUGUCGAAAGACAGCUAAUUGCGGGGAGCGCGUAGUCCUCGUCCACGAAAAGGAAGAUAUGAUCCUGAACUGUGAGCUCAACUGGCAUCGACUCUCUCAAGGCCUGACCAAUUACAGCUUUUUCAGGGUUUGGGGGCAAAAUUCUGAGACCUUGCUGUCCGAGGGGAAAGAUCCCAUCCUGACCAAGACCGCGGUGACCGCAGAGGACGCAGGCGUCUACCGCUGCCGUUUGGGCACUGUCCGGUCCAUCCCAGCCACGAUCCUCUUCUUUCGAGUCACAGUGUUGCCCGAAAGGAUCAGUGAAGAGCUACCGUCAAGCCAGGCUGGGGAGGCUGCAGGUCCGGGGGAUUCGGGUAGCCUCCAGAGGCCCCCAGCCGGCCAGCCUACAUCGACACAGUGUCCGAAGUCCGAGAACAUGCUGAGAGGCCGUCUGAUCGGACUGCUGAUCUGGGGCUUUGUGGUGCUGAUAAUCGGCUUUGCGACCGCGAUACUUUGCUUUCGGCCUGAGAGGGUGAUCAAUUGCAUCAAGGACUGUUUGGGCACCAUGAAGGAGUCUGCCACGCCACCACAGAUUUCAAAGGAAAAAGCUACAUCAUCAGGGCACAAAUAA